AUGACUCCAAGGAAUAAUGAAGGCAUUACUCUCAGUCCUAACCAUCAGACCAUAUCGUGCCCUCGUACAGUUCAAACCAAUGAAGCUACUCAAAUGAGUCCCCCUAGGUUUGAGGAAGUUCAUCGUGUUUUCCUGUGGAUACUGUAUGCCCAAAGAAUACCUUUCAGUUUACCAGUUGGUGCACCUGAAUCCCAAAAGCAAAAGUUGAAGGGCAACUGGAACAUCUUAAAUCUAUCGAAGAUGCCAGCUGAGCACCAGCUAUCUGUUAUUGAUAUUAUCAGUGAUGAUGGUCCAAGUAGCAAUUUUAAAGAAAGUGCUGGAAAUGAAGCUCAUGUUGCCUUUUCUAUUCAAGGUUUAGGUAAAGUGGACGCAGAAACACCUGUUCAUUCACCGGAGAGGCCUGGAAGGAAUUUCUUGUAUGGACAGUAUUUUCCAUCAAAAGAAAGGAAAAAAGCUCACUCAUCAUUUAAAAACCUUACUAGCAGGCCUGACAGCCUUAAGCAUGAAUUGGAUACAAUGAUGAGGGAUAUUGAUAUGCCUUUACAUAGAAUUCCUGUAGAACCAUCUUUCUGCUCUAGGAGCACUGAGGAUUUAUUUAGCAGCCCUACGCCGAACUUGUUUAACAAAAAAAUCUCUCCAGUUCCUGAUUAUGAUAUGUUUGAGGACAUUUUUGAAGAUGAGGAGCUCUUUGCAAAAGAGAGAAGAAAGAACAUUUGGAAAGCAAGUCCCUCAUUUCUACCUUAUGGCAUUAUUGAUCAAGAAGAACAUGGUUCACCUUGUAAGGACAAGUUGGAUCAAAUAGAUUCUGGUCCUAUUCAUUAUGCAGAUAGAAAUUAUGAGCACCAAGAUUUCUCCUUUGAGACCCACCAGUGGAAGAAAAGCAUGAUAUCACCUCUUGAAAUCAAUGACACAGAUUCCCCUGCACUAUUUUCCAAGCGCUGGAUGGCCCAGUACUUUGAAGAUCCAUCAGUUCCAAAUAUAAAAUGCAGCAACUACUCUUUGGGAACUAGAGAGUAUGAUUUGGAUGACUGCAAAAAACAGACAGAAUACUCUUACUCUACAUGUAAUGACACAAAGGAGAGUUUUUGUUUUCCCAGCGAAGAAUCAUGCUUUUCAGCUUCAGUGAAGGGUGACUUGUUGGACAAUAGCAGAAGCCGCCAUGGCAUAUAUCAUAAACAGGCCAUGGAGACUAAAUAUAGUCACAGGAAUGUAUUUGGGAAAGGAAUAUUCUGCAGUGAUAGGAAUGAUAGGAAUGCUGGCGGGCUAGAAACCUUCCCAGUUUCAUCAAAUAUUGCUCGAGAAAGGAGUUUAUAUCCAACAAACCAUGGGUUCUCAAAGGAUAUAUUCAAUCUAGGUGAAGUGAUCUUGGGUUCUGAUCUCUACACUGAAGAUUCCUUUGCUGCAUCACCUCAGCCUCGAUCACAUUUUGAUAAGUGCAGAGAUUUUCCUGCUGAACAUUCACAUUGCUGCAAACAUAGGCCAGAAGAACCCAGUAUCCGGCAACCAACCAGAAUUAUAGUUCUAAACCCAACAUCUGGAUCAAAGAUGCCAGCUUUAUUUCAGACUUCCAAAAGCCAAUGCGGUCCUCAGAAUAGCUAUUUUGAUCUCCAAAGAGACAUCUCCGAAGCUAGCAAUGUUUCAUCAUCAGACAAAAAAUUGGUGGAUUCAUCAUCGUACCUUGAAGAUCAGUGCAGCGAUACUAGAAAGGAACCAAGCUGCAGAGCUCCUGAUGUAACCGAUACUACAAAUGCAUCAAAGCCUCUGGAACAAGCUGAAGAGACUUCCUCGUGUGCUGAGGUUCCGGUUGCAGUCGAGGAAAUUCAUGACACUGGAGAUCCAAGUAAGGCUCAAUCUGAAUAA